GCCAAGACGCGUGAAAGGGGCAUCACCGACAUUUGGACGGGCGAGCAGGCGGGUCGUGCAAUUCCUCAAAAGGCUGCUAGCCCCGGCACCGCGCGUUGCAGCCCUCAUCGCUCCCUCUGCUGUGCUGCGGGGUGUCACGCUGGCGCUGCCCUCUCACCCGUCAUUCCGCGCGCCCUGUCCGCUGCUGUCCGCUGUUGUUGUCGUUGUUUGAUGUCGCUCCUGCACGCCCACCGCGCCAUCUGCGAGUAGCAGCCGAGGCGCGCCCACCCUCCCCCCGGGUUUCACGCUUGCAGCAGCCGCAGCGCUGUCCGGCGACGUCAGGCGCGAACCUUGUUACGGACUCCGAGCACAGCCACUAGCAGCGACAGCGGCAGCCCGCCCCGAGACGGCACUGCGACAACCGCACCAUGAACACCCGCACUGGCACGCUGUCGCCCGUCUCGACCGCCAGCCAGGAGUGGUCGCCCAUCACCCGCUACACGAACCUCGCCGGCGAGAACCCAUAUUCGCCCACGCUGCCGCCCAGCACCUACGGCGGCAGUCAGUACGGCGGCAGCAGCACCGAUGGCGGCAUGCUCAAUGGCAUGCGCCCCCAAGGAAACGGCAACCCGUCGCCGCCCAGCUCUGUCGGCCGCUCGAGCGACGGCGCCGGCCUGUAUGCCGCGAGCCUCGCCGGCAGCGACACCAGCAUGAGCAGCCGCAAGCUGGCCGCCCUGGAGGAGACCAUGGCCGAGCACUUCCGCGUGCUCAAGGUCUACCUCGGGCCCUACCUGAACGACGCCCAGGGCAACCCCCGCCCCAGCCGCGCCAAGGACAAGCUCACUCGCCUGUCUGGCGUGCAGUUCCAGGAGCUCAGCACCGACGUGUACGACGAGUCCCUGCGCAGAGAGCAGGACCGCAAGCGCGGCGGCCCAGCCGCGCCCGGCAACGACACGCCCAAAUACCUCCUCCCCAAGAACAACUUCCACCCGAAACGCAACCAAGCACGACAGAAGCUGUCCACACUGCCCCUCGAGCGCUUCCGCCAGCUCGCAACCGACGUCUUCUACGAGCUAGAGCGGAGGUACCCCCGAUUCACCGCCGGCGACAUCGCGCGCUCAUCGAGUCCGGCCGCAAGCAUCGCAAGUCGCAUUAGCAACAGAGGGCCGGCCAGCCGUUCAGGGACACCCAACGGGAGCAUGGACGGUAGGAUGGGCGGUCGUCCACCGCCAGGUCCCGGAUACAGAGGGCCGCCUCCACAAGGAGACCCACGAGGCAUGCAGGGGCCUCCAGGAGGACUCGCGCCAGGCCAGCAGGCUAACGAGUUUGGGCGACCGUUACCAAAGACUUUUCAACAGAACACCAUUGUGCCAAGCAAGGGCACUCUGGUGGAAGACGACGAUGACAGUGCUGCUGACGACGACGACGACGCCUUCAACCUAGAGGGUGCGGCGGCUAGACGGCAGACUAACAAGAGUGCCAAGAGCAUGAGCAUGGCGCAGGAGAAGAUGGUUGCAGAGCUCCAAAAACAAAUUGCAGAGCUGCAAAGCAAGACCAGUGACCUGGAAGGCACAUUACAGGACAGAGACGACCAGUUGCGAGAGCUGAAAGACGCCGAGGGGAGCAAAGACAACGAUGCUGCAUCAGAACGUGCCGAAUGGGAGGAGCUGAGAUCCUCGCUGCAAGACAAAGUGCACAAGGCAGAGUCUUUAAACGCGUCUCUGCGUUCAGAGCUAGACAGAAUACGCAGCGAUCAUGACGAAGAACAAAACAGCCUCCGUGCGCAAAUUGCCGAACUCGAAUCGAACCCACCACAGCAAGUGCACAACGGCGGUAGUGACGAAUGGAGACAACGAUGCGAAGAGCUGGAGCGUGAGCUGGGUGAGCAGCAAAAGGUCGCACAGGAAGUUCGGAGAGAUGCCUCCACCUUCUUGCAGGAAAUGCGCGAACUAUCUGCACGCAGCGAUGCUGCUGUUGAGAAAGAAGAACGACUCGCCAGCCAAGUGUCAACCCUGGAAGAGGAGCUCAAGGAAUGGAAGUCUCGAUACGCACGAUCGAAGACGCAGCUUCGGACGCUAAAAGCCUCCUCGGUCGGCCUUUCUGGUCUGGCAUCCCCAGACAUCGCGAAUUACAGCCGCGACCCUAGCUUCUCGAUGCCAGAUGGCUUGGUCCGAGAUGUUCACGUUACCAACUUCCAACUCAGCAUCGAUGAGCUCUUGCAGAAGGCUCGUAGGGUUGAUCCCGAACAGACACUUGAGAGCAUGCGUAAUGUAGUCAAGUGUGUGCGCGCAAUCACCGGCGAGAUUGACAGCACACCGCUCUCACAGAUGCAAUCGCCUACUAGCAGUAUCAGCGGCGAUAUCAUGUCAAGCCCCGAAAAGCAACAAGCAAAGCUGAAAUCACGUGUCAGUGCUACUGCCAACAACCUGAUUACGGCAGCAAAGAAUCAUGCUUCUUCAAACGGUCUGUCCCCUGUCAGUCUUCUCGAUGCUGCUGCUAGUCAUCUUUCUACCGCUGUAGUCGAACUCGUCAAGCUCGUAAAGGUGCGACCUACACCAGAUGCCGAUUUGGAUCGCGAUGAGCAAGACCGCGAGCAAGACCGCGAAGAGGUUGAUGACAUGCCCAUGCCGCUCAAGCCAACGGUCUUUGGUGGUUUCAGCCCUUUCACGCCAAAAAGCAUCGGCAAUGCAAAUGACAACAAAAUCAGCAAUGACAGCAACGGUGUUGGCUCUAACCGUGGUCACCAGCGUGGACUGAGCAGUAAAGGCAGUAAUGCAACUGGCUACAGUUCAUAUAGCGCACCCUACAGUGGGUAUGGUCGAGAAAGCUCCGGUUCGAAUGGCGUCAAUAAUCAGACUGAUCGUGGUAUGACAGAGUUCAAAAACUACCUUGAGGAUCAAACUGCCCUCCUAGUACAGAGCAUACAGCCGCUCGUGAAUCUCAUUCGCUCCAAUCCUGAUUCUACACCUUCCGAGGAGCAGCAAAUUUACGGCUACAUACAAGAUAUCUCCCAAGCCGUAGACGAUACCGGAGACCGCACCUAUGAGGCUGUAAAGCAACUAUCCAACCCUGCUCUCCAGAAGCAUGCCAUUCCAGUUGUUCAGAUUCUUGAUGACUGCAGGCGCGAUAUGCUGGACAUUGACAUCCGCAACGGCGGACGUGACAAAGUGCCUCCACUUGCUUUCAAGACUGCGAGAGCACUGAAGGAACUCGUCCUUCGCGUCGAUCGCAUUGAGUCUGGUGAAUUGACUGCUGAGCAGACACUUAAGACCGACUUCUAGUGCUCGCAAAGUAUUCCCUUUGGGACUGCUUUCAGGACUUUCCUGUUUAAUGAUCAACUUCUCUGCUUCUACACCAGACAAGAGCCUCAUGUAGGCUCCGACGGACGUUUGCAAGUCUCUGAUGGAAACCUGUGUACACGUUUCCCUUUUUGUUUUUUUGCAACCUAUUCAUGUUGGAUACCUCAAGUCGCUGCUGUGCGACUAUGCGACAUUACGUAUGGCUUAUAUUUUACAUGACCUAUUGCUAGUGUUUGUUGUUAAAGAGUGGAACUGUUGAGCGCUGUUGAAGGCUCAUACGAGCCAUCGGUCAACGGUAUGUUGCGAGGUGGGAGCCAGUGGAUGCAAUUGUGUAGACGGUACGGUGGACUGAGAUGUCAUGUGUACAAGUAUACUAUAUACAGUAUCAAAGCAGUUUGUCUGA